UUUGAACUGAAUGCACUCUAGCUGAGAGUCUCCCUUAUUAAACCCUUUCCUUGCCCAUCCAAACAGGGUGUAAACUUACGGGCAGGGUUUAAUGUCGCUGUUUUUUUGAACCUCUAAUCCACCUUUCCCUCUGUUGCUGCUUCAAGUUUUUAUUCUCUCUUAGCCUCCAUGAAGUUUCUUCUGCGAUCAAAUCCUAACUUAUGGCGUCGUGGUCAUCUAGUUUUACGGGCUCAGUUGUUUUCUACUGAUGCUCUAACUUCUUCAUCAUACUCAUCUUCGGCGCCAAUUGGCACUCUGUAUGGUAGGAUCUCGAGGUCGGGAAAUGCAGAGCUCUCCAUUAUUCCGGUUCUCGAGAAAUGGUUUGAAGAAGGCAAAGACGUCAAACAAUCUGAGCUGCUAAGAAUAAUCAAGCAACUUCGCAAGUACCGCCGCUUCAAACACGCCCUUCAGAUUUCACAAUGGAUGAGUGACCAAAGGAGCUAUAAUAUAUCACCCGGAGAUGUUGCAAUUCGGCUGGAUUUGAUCUCCAAAGUUCAUGGAUUAGAUGAUGCAGAGAAAUAUUUUAACAGCAUCCCUGAUGCUUCAAGAGGCUACGAGAUUUAUGGUUCUCUUUUAAAUUGCUAUGCGCAUAACAAAUGUUUGGAAAAGGCAGAGGGCAUCAUGCAAAAGAUGAAGGAAUUGCAGUUUGUAAAAAGUGCACUGUCAUACAAUGUAAUGUUGAAUCUUUAUUCUCAGAUGGGUAAAUAUGAGAAACUAGACAUUCUAAUGCAAGAGAUGGAAGAAAAUGGUAUUGAUUGCGACUUGUUCACAUUUAACAUCAGGUUGAAUGCUUAUGCAGUCUCUUCUGACAUUGAGGGAAUGGAGAAACUUCUAAUGAAGAUGGAAGCUGAUCCUUGCAUCAAGGUGGACUACCACGCUUAUGUUGUUGCAGCAAAAGCUUAUUUGAAAGCUGGCCUAAUUGAAAAAGCAUUAACGAUGUUGAAAAGGUCAGAAAAAUUAAUUCAAGGUUUCUCAAAAUGGUUGGCCUUGGAAAUGCUCAUCACUUUAUAUGCUGCUGCUGGGAAUAAAGCUGAAGUCUAUCGUGUUUGGAAUUGGUAUAAGGAUAUUGGGAGGUUUUUAAAUUCAGGCUAUAUGUGUAUGAUAAGUUCACUGGUGAAGUUUGAUGAUAUGGAUGGUGCUGAGAAGAUCUGGGAGGAGUGGGAUUCUGGGAAGAAGAUGUUUGAUAUUCGCAUUCCAAAUUUGAUGAUUGGUGCCUAUUCCAGAAGAGGUCUUUGGGAAAAGGCAGAAGCAUGCAUUAACAGGAUUAUAGAUAGUGGGAUGGAGCCUGAUGCAACCUCAUGGGAUCAUUUGGCAGCUGGAUAUCGUGUAGGUAAGCAGAUGGAGAAAGCAGUAGAAGCAAUAAAGAAAGCAAUCUCAACAAGUAAACACGGAUGGAAACCCAGCCUCAAUACUUUGAACACAUGUCUUAAGUAUUUGGAAAGUCAGGGAGAUAUGGAAGCAGUAGAAGAGCUUUUGAAGAUGGUCAAGGAGCAAUGUCAUUUCUCACCAGGUGCUACUGAUAAAUUAUCAAAAUUUAGCAGCCAAAAAAACCCAACAACCAGCCUUGAUCAGAUGGAAGAUGAUAAAAUUUCUGGAGGAGAAGACGAGUUCAAAGACAAGUGAAGCCCCUGAAUUUUUCCAGGUUAAUUAUGGCUGUUUGAUGGUGAAUUAAUGUUAUUAUUAUUAUUAGUUUAAUUAUUAGCUUAUUGCAAUGUUUGUUUUCUAUAGAACAGCCUAUUGGCAUUGAAACCACUGUUAGCUGAUAUGAGGUAGUGCUUCCAUCUGACAUUGUGGUGAUCCCUUUCCAUUGAAUAUUUUUUAUUUGGCUUCA